CAGCAGCACAAUUGGUUGCGGCAAAGCCAACCAGACCUGAAAACAGUCAACAGUAAAAUAAAUUAGAAAAAACAAAAUUCGAAAUUUGCCAAAAAAUAAUGUCACGGCGACCUGGCGAGCCCGUCGAGGAUGUUGAAGCUGUUGUGCCUGUGCAAGCGGUGGGAUCUUCAGCGACUGCUGCCAAUGUCGAGACCUGGAACCCGGAGAAGGCUUGUAAGUUUUGCAGGGACCUGCAGGACAACGAGGUGCAGACCUUGCACUACCUGGGCCUGCCGUACGUGGUCCUGGCCCGGCGACCCCGGCUCCGGGUAAAGGUGCCCCUGUCCACCAUCAACUACGAGAUCGGCCAGUGGGUGGGCAUUGCCAUGCAGCUGCUCUUCACCUGCCCGUCCAACUAUCCCAUGCAGCGGCCCCUCGUGGAGAUCGUGGAGAAGCGCAACGUGUCGAUCGCGCUGGAAUGGGCGCUGCACGAGGAGAUUGUCCAGAGUCUGGAUCAGCAUAUCGGCCUGCAGAUGAUAGCACCGGUGACCAUACGCCUGCAGACUCUGCUCAACAGCCAGCGAUUGGGACAGCCAGCCACGAUGCCCUAAAUCUAAAGUCCUUCUGCUCGCGUGCAACGUGCAACAUGCCAGCUCCAGUACGAGGCAAACACACACGGCUAUCCAAAUGCGGCUUAUUGAAACUAGAAAAGACCAGAUCUACACACUAUACACACAUAUGGCAAAAUAUAUAAAUAUAAGUGUGA